GCCAUCUGAAUGGGGGUGGUUUCUAGCAUCCUGUAUCCUAAAGUCCGUGCAACAAUAACUAUCGCUAGCCCUCUGAUUACAAAUAGUUCCUCUGCCUAUCUCCUUCUCCCCACCACAUCCCCCUCUUAGAGGUAUAGGGUACAGCGGUUACAGGGUUAGAUCUUAAACAGAAACAGACUCUUCCUCUGGAGCCAUUGGAGGUUAUCAGGACCAGGGGUGAUAGAGAGAACCCCACGGUAUUAAUAUGUGUUAACUAAAUCCUCCCACCCUUUACUUUUGUUCCAUAUCUAGGAAAUGUGAUGCUGUAAUCUAACGUUCCAGUCCAGUGUGCUUUUUUUCACCUCUGUUAUUUAUAUGAUCUUCCUACUUGAAGGCCAUUUAAGUAUCUUAAGAGAAGUUUAGUUCCCUGGCCCCAAGGGGAUUAGUGAUUAACUCAUAGUAUCUGUUGAAGUGAUGGUCAUAUUUUGUUUGUGGUGCUAUGAACAAGGAUGUUAAAAUGUCUUUCUAUAAAUUAUCAACAUCGUUAUUGAAAUACAACCAUCUUUACGGUGAAGGGUGGCCACCAGCUGGCUCAUAAACACACUCCACAAAGAGCAUUCCACGUGGAGACCUGGAAGUCUGAAGGAAACUUAAAAAAAGAAAUGAUCCCCCAUGGAUUUGAGAUUAUGUUAGUCGACUCCCGCUGAUGGCAUGUUGAAGUUCAUUGAACAGCAGCUGAGGGGGCGUCUGAUCAGAAGGGGACUGCUCUAAAAGCUGGGCUUGCAACAACAUGGGCCAGUGUGUCACUAAGUGCAAGAAUCCUUCUUCCACCCUUGGCAGCAAAAAUGGAGAUAGAGAAUCUAGCAGCAAGUCUCAUGGCAAAAGAAGUGCAGUUCACAAAGAAGAACAUACCUCGGUAUGUGCGAAAUCCUCUGGUGACAUUCUUGUCAAUGGGACAAAGAAAACAGAUACUGCUUUAGAUUCUAGUCAGCCUCCAGCUUUCUCUGGGGAUGCAAAGAAAGAGCCUGUUUCUGGCACAGAGGAAUCUUCAGUUCAAAGGAUUGGGGAAUUAUUUAGGAGAUACAAGGAUGAACGAGAAGAUGCCAUACUAGAAGAAGGCAUGGAACGUUUUUGUAAUGACCUCUGUGUUGACCCCACUGAAUUUAAAGUGCUAGUCUUGGCUUGGAAAUUCCAGGCAGCUACCAUGUGCAAAUUUACAAGGAAGGAGUUCUUUGAGGGCUGCAAAGCAAUAAAUGCGGACAGCAUUGAUGGCAUUUGUUCUAGGUUUCCCAGCCUCUUAAAUGAAGCCAAACAAGAAGAUAAAUUCAAGGAUCUCUAUCGUUUCACCUUUCAGUUUGGCCUGGACUCUGAGGAAGGACAGAGGUCUCUACAUCGGGAAAUAGCCAUUGCCCUUUGGAAGUUAGUCUUCACCCAAAAUAACCCCCCUAUAUUGGACCAGUGGUUAAACUUCCUAAUUGAGAACCCCUCAGGAAUCAAGGGAAUCUCCCGGGACACAUGGAACAUGUUUCUAAAUUUUACUCAGGUGAUUGGACCAGACCUCAGCAACUACAGUGAAGAUGAGGCCUGGCCUAGUCUCUUUGAUACCUUUGUGGAAUGGGAAAUGGAACGAAGGAAAAAAGAAGAGGAAACCAAAUGUAUUACAUGUUCAGACACAGAGGGUCUGGGUAUAGAAGAACAGACUUAACAGCAUUUAAGCAGCAGUGAUGGAAAUAACCUGUUGCCCUUCAUUAAAUGUAAACUCUGGACCUUUCUGGAAAUUACUGAGGCUCCAGAUUUUUCUACUUUACACCUUUCUCUGCCUUGUAUUUGAAAGGGCUCUAAAAUGCUGUAUCAUGGUUUAGGCACUUUCUUAAUUUUGGUUACACCUUUAACUCUUGCCCUGAAAUAUUUGACCCUGACUACAAGUUAAAAACAGUUGUUCUUUUUUUUUUUUUAAAGAUUUCAGAUUAGUAUUAAGUCUGACAUUUCUUGCACAAUGUAGAUCUUUUUGUUAGGUUUAAAUUAACAUUGCUAAAUUAUACAGUGCCAGAUUUGAGUUUUGUAUCCUAUAUCUAUCAGGGCAGGUCUGUACUGUGUGUAGUGCUGUUUACAUUGUUGAAAUUUUAGGUUAUAUUAAUUUUAAGGUUUUAUACCAAUAUGAAUAGCAGUGUUAACUGCUAACUACAAAUGCAUUAAUUCCCAGAUAAUAAGGCUCUAAAAACAAUAUAAGUGACUGCUUUUUGUAAUAUGUCUCAAUCCCCUUUUAAGCUAACUCUCAAAAAACAUGAGUUCAGGUCAUUCUUUUUUUGGAGUAUUGAACUAAAUGUUGGCUUUUAUUUAUGAAAACAUACUGUACCUGUCAGUCAACUGAAUUGUAGUUAACACUUUGUAUCUAAAUUACUUAAGCAUCACAUGCAAAAGAGCAGUGCUACCUCAGUUUUACUGGAAGUAGACUUCCUUGAUGAAUCUUCCUUUCUGCUGAAGAAGUCAUUCAUAUUUUUAUGACUAUGUGAAAAUACUUUGGAGCCAAAGGUUCUGCUUCUUACGGCUGGUAAACAUUAACAGGAGCAAAAAAGCUGCUUUCGAGGGAAACUGGGGUAUGUAAAUCUGCUUUAAUUUACACUUGAUUUGUAUUAUCAACUUACUUGUCUGGCAAGUGCAGUACACUUGUGUAGGGAUCUCUUGCAUUAAUGUUGACAAGACAAUUUUUUAACUUAAUUGCUAAAGCAUAGUUACAUCCCUCCAAAUUUUCUGGGGCAGCAACAACAUUGGCACAUUGAGUGCUUCAAUGUGUUCGUAAUGAGAACACUGUAGACCGUUCAUUUUUAGGCUGAUUUAAUAAUGUUUAAAUAGGACUCAAUUUAUUGUUUUUAAAUUAUCUGUUCUGGGAUUAUUUGCCUGUUGUGACCUAAAAAGGGAGUUUUAUUAACACUGGUUGAAUUUUUUUGGUUAUUGAUGCUACCUUUUUAAAUUUUAGUAUAUCAGCUUUUUUAUACUUCUUGGUAAAAGGAAUAACGGCUGAGGCUUUCUAUUAAGCUAAGCAUUGGCUCCGUAUAUUUGAUACAUUUCUAUUAUACAACUUUAUUUUCAAAGUUGUAAUUCAGGAUCAUAAAAUGGCUUAAAGUUAAAAAUGAAACUGGUGAGCAAUUAGUUCCUGUUGUCCGAUGGUUCUUGUGCUGUCGAUUGCUACCUUGCAUCCCAGUGCCCAGGCAGGUGCCCCCACGGACUCUCACAAUGGUCACUGCAUGCUAGCAAAUCCAGUGGCAAGAGCUCAGUUUUGAGAUCCUGCAUCAUUAACAAUGCUUGUGUAAUUAAACUAAAGUAUGUAUCUGUUUAAGAAGAUGUGCUCAAAUUACAUCUUCUUACCAUGAUGAGAGGUCAGUGUUCUGUGUGCAUUAGGGAUGUGUAAAAAUUACAGAAAACUAAUGUUGCUCCCAUUUCAAGCCUAACAGAGGUUGUCAAGUUGCAGGAGAAACACGAAAUUUAGGACUUGGUUCCUGGUUAUUAAAUAUAUGCUGAAGCUUUGUGUACAUUUUGUCUGUAUACUGGCAAAAUUGUCUUAGUGUACACAGUUAUACCAGUAAACAGGUGCUCUUGCUGGUAUAAGCAUUCUGGUUCGGUAAGCUUUUUUUUUUUUUUUUUUUACAGUAAAGCUGUUACCUAUACUAGGCCCUUUGGUAACACACAGCUAUGGUUGGGGAUGGUGAUGUGAGAAAUCGCACCUCAAACCAACAUUUCUAUGCCAGCAAAACCUUUAAGUGUAGAUUUGGCCUGAGCAUAAAUGGAGAGGCUCUUUAUUUAUAACUUUAAGGCUACAUGUGUAUUCUGUUAAUGAGCUAGUAUCCAGUAUUUUUUUUUUAAAUCAUUUUACUUCCUCCUAAAAAGAACUUAAAAUGCCCAAAGUUUGGAAAAUGGUUACUCAAUGUAUACUUAUUGCAUGCAUAUAAGUACUAAAUUGUGACAGUCAUUACUUAAUAGACUGUAAUGACUGCAAAGGAUUAUGGCCUAGAAACUGAAGAGUAUGUUUUUUAAGGUCUGAUCUGAAUAGAGAUUGGGAUACAGAGGAAACUUCUACAGCGCAAAGCGUUAGCCAUUAGGUGUAAUGCAGGGUGGUUUGCCAAGACAGGAUGGUGGCGGUAGUUGUGUGAAAGAGAGGAAAUUCCGGUUGAAAAAAAUACAAACCUGGGUGGCUUAGUACCAUGCUGUUGUAACAGAAGGAGAGCCCUGUUCUAUAGUUAUUUACUCUACCAGGAAUCAUUCCAGCCUAUUGGAUACCAAACACUUAUAAUGCUAGCCAAAUCUGUCUUGAAAAAAAGCCAUUUCUUUUUGUUCUAUACUAAAUGUCACUUUUGGAUUACAAAAGAGAAACAAUGCGAAAAGUCAAGUUUGUGAUUUUAAAAUUGAUGCAAACCAGGGACUACAAAGUCUAACAAUCUGUUCUUUGCUUGAGUUGUGCAACUUUUCACAACAAUGUGAGUGACAGACAGUGACAGUACUUAUUCUGGAUUGCCUGAUAUUUUGAUGAUCCUAAACAUCAAAUAUAGCUUGCUUUUUAAUGCUCACUAUAUUGAUCAUGGGCUUGGAGUUUUGUACAUGUUUCUGGGAAACCUUUAUUAAUCCUGGAGCCUCUGAGAAGUCCUUAUUUAAUGGUUGAACUGUGAACUUUCACGGAAUAGGCCGAAUAUAUUCACAUUUUUCAUAUAUAUAAAAUCUUUAAAGUGUAGAUCAAGAGAUUAUAAAUGGGCAUGAUGCUGAUGAGAUUCUUGAAACCAUUAAAAUUUUUUUGUGGUGCUGAUUUUUAAAGAACUAUAGCUAAAACUCGAUGUAGUGAAACUGCUACAUCUUGGGAUAAGUAGCUGUAGCUAUGCAUUGCAACAGUUUAUCAUCUACUGGGAAAAUGGUCUGAUAUCCAAGCUUCAUGUCAUUUUAUUGUCUUCCUUUCUACACCUAAAGAGUGUGACUCAUGAAAACACUGAGUGUUAGACAGCUACGUAGUAUUGUGGCUCACAACACUUUUUUAAAAUGUAGUAUCCCAGGUUAAUUGGAGCUCCAGCCUGCAAAUUCUUUAUUUGUGUGAGUACCGCUAUUGAGGUCAAAUGGGACUAGUCUCGCAAGUAAAGGAUCCUUUGCAAGAUCACGCACAUUGGAUGGUAGUCAUAAACAUGACUGAGAAUACAUUAAAUGAGACUAAUGUUGAAUAUGUGAGUCCAUUGGCUGCAGGUGCUAUUCCAAAUGGAAAAUUACAGCUUUAAUAUUGUGCAAUUCUACUACACAAACCACAGGAAAAUAAAACUAGAAACAAUAACUCAACUUAUCACACAUGUUCUGGGAAAUGGAUAUAACACCAAGAGAAUAGUCCUUGGUAUUGACAUGAGAGAGUCUCAGUAUGAAUAUCCCUUUCAUUUUAUUUAUAUAGUAUAAAUAAAACUAGCCUCUUAGUUUAUAAACAAUUUAUGAAACAGUGUUGAACAAGGAAACUCCAUCUCUAGGCUCUGGUGAUUAAAGUCACUUCAGCUCUGAUAUCAUGGUUGGCAGCUGAAAUCAUAUCCUUCUCAUUCCUGGCAUACCUUGUAAAUUUCCUGGUCUUGCAGCUGUGGACAGCAUGAUGUCAGCCAGCCUUCAUUAAUUGGGUACCAGACUCUACUCUUGGGAUGAGUUUCAUGGAAAGGGGUGCAUGUCUGAGGGCAGAAUUUAGCCCUUCAUGUUUAAAAAUGAAUCUCAGACACUACCUAAAGUGUCUUAAAAAAAUUCUUCAGUUUAGUAUUUCAUUAAAAGACCAAACACACACACACAUACUGAAGAAUAUGAACUCUAAAUUGCGGUAUAAGUUUCAAGUUAGGUGUCUGCUUAAUUUUGUUGUAGUCAGGCGCACACAUGCGUGUAUGUAUGUAGUAAUCUCUCCAAACUACUGACAAUAUGAAUCCAGAAAUUCAGAUUUCACUCUAUAACUGCAAUAAAACACAUCACACUGUAAGACAGAACGCUUUAAUUCAUUCACCAUAUAAUACCUGGUUGUUGAUCUGUUCUUAGAUUUACUCAGUGGUUAAGUGUCACCAUUCUUUCCUUCCAGGAUUUUAUAUCUGGAUAAUUAAUCUACUUCAUUAUAUUAUCUGUCUCCUUAAAUUCACAACAGUCCUCAAAGUACUGCUAAUAAUGUGUGUGCAGCCUCAUUGAAUCUUAUAAUGGACCAUUCCAAUGUAUCUAAAAAACCCAGAACCAUGUCAAACUGCAGAACAAGUUUAGGUCAUUCAGGAUGUUAGCUAUCCUACUAUGUAGGAGAAAUACAAAGUCACUCCUGUGGUGUUGGGGGUCCCGGUCUUACCCCCCCCCACACACGCAUUUGAGCUAGAGUAUAUCAGUAACAAACAGACCUUCCCUUGGAGAUCAAAAAGCCAUUCCUUAUGAGUGAACAGGGUGACCUAUUCAAUUUUGUUUCUUAAAAUGUAUUAAGAACCCACCCAAUGCAGUAAGUACCAUGAGAAAUGUUUGUAUGUUUCAUUGCCCUCCUUCCAUAUUAGGCUGUAACUAGCAUUUUAAUCAGUUUUGUACCUUCCAUUUGUUUGGACCAAUUCAGCUUCAGUAGCUGUAUCCAUUCUCUCCUGCCUCUCAAGAUCAAUGCCUAACUUUAUGUUCAAAGAAAAGCUAAGAAGUUCUAAACUGUUAGAGAUGGUGGCAUGCCAGUUUAACUCUUGCUUUCUUUUAAUCCGUUUGGGUGUUGUCUUCAUGUGCCAUUUCUUCCCUCCCAUUCAAAAUGCACAGCAAAAUUACUGUGUAAGCCUGAUGUAUAUGCUACACAGCAGCGUUUGCAGCUGUAAGACCAUUCUUCCAAACUCAGAGCUGUUGUGGGUUUUUCCUGCUAGUGAGUAUGUGAUUCAUUUGACCUCUUGCACUAUCUGUGCAGAAGCAAAAUAAAAUAAAAAAUUGGGAAUUUAUGAAGCAACAGGCUUGAACAGACUAGUUCUGCAAACAGCUUGCCUUAAAUGAUCUAUGGAAUUUAUAGCAGUUCCUCUCUGGUAAUCAACCUUUCUGUCUUUAGUUUUAUAUAAGCCUAACUGUUUUUGGAGGUUGUACAAUUUAAGCUCCUACCUUUUGCAUAGUUGCACUCUUCAAAUAAGCCCCCUGUGGAUAUUUGUAGAUACACAGGCAGAAAAGCAUUUUGUCUCCGUUUAUGCAAUAACUUUAUUUUUCCUUAAAUUAUACUUUUGGAGCUGAAGGUUACCUGCUGUGGAAUACAUGUUUACUUGAAUAUUGCCAUUUAUGCAGAACCAGCAGUGAAACUUGUUUUGCUAUCCCUGGUUUACUAAACAGGACAAGUCAUGCAUGACAGAAAUGACAGAUCUGCAGGAAAUUCCAGCGGAGCUCAAGGCUGGCUGCUGUUACACUUGUGGGAAUACAGUAUGAGCAUUAGAGGACUUUACAGCAUAGUGCUUAAUAUUUUAAGGCUACAGUUUCUAGAGUAUCUGUAAACAGUGAUCUGAAAAGAGUGCUUGCUCUUUAAAGGAUAUUUUAACUAUCAGAUGAUGAAUGAAAGGAAAAAAGGGAGGCAGGAGCAGGUUAAGAACCUAAUCCUGCUGGUUGCUGGGCAUCUUCAUGUCCUGGAGAAAUUGCUCCAGUUUGCAGGAUUGACUCAUAAGGUUGGAUAUUUGGGAUCCAUGAUGGCUGGCGUGAGGGACUGUAGCACCAGUGAGUCACUGAGUGUGUGAGGGCAAGAUCAAGGAAUAUUGUCUGGAAGUGGACUGCUGAGAGUAAAAAAGUUUGAGGAGAGCGAAGUUUGUUCUUGUAACACUUAAUAUUUGGAUGGAUCUGAGCCCAGCUUAGUUUUAAUUUGCCCGUGACAGGAGGAAUCAUUUUUAUAUAGCUUAUAUAUCCUCAGAGAAAUAACUAAAGCUAACCUAGAUCUGUUCAGCUUUGGACAACUUCACGUGUCUUUCACUCAAGCAUAUGUGCACACAAUUGGCUUAAUAUUGUCCAGUAUCUAUGUAACAAGUCAGUGCACUUGAUUCUCUUAAGAGGCAUUCCUGCUUGAAACCAGCUAGAGGCAGGGAGAGAGAAAAACCUUGUCAGAGGAGAACACUCCACCAUAGUUACACUGCUGGGAAUCAUCCUAGGAUUCAUGUUUGCCUUUUGGAUUUACCUAAAAGAUGCCCAAUGCCCCAUCCACCAGUCUUCUCAGUGUUGGAAAAUACUAAUGUGUCGUGUCUAUAGGGCCAUGCUUUCUCUUGUAUAUGUAACAGUAUCAGAUGUGCUCUGAAAUUUCAAUGCUUGAAAUUGGUUGGGGUGCAUUCUGUUCCUUUUUUUUUUUUUUUUAAAGGGAUAGAGCCCAUUUGAAACUUUUUAUAACAUUAGUUCUGCUGCUUUGAGUCUCCUUGCCAAUAUUUGUGGUUUUUUUACAGUAACACUUUUUCUCACCAGUUGUUACUGUGUGCAAGUCCCCCAGAGUGGAACAGUGAACGUGCUCUAGGAAGUGCUGUCAAAAGCACAAAGCAAACAAACUAAGAUUCUAUUUGGUUAUAGUUGUCUUGGAUGUGAUUUAUUUGUUUUUAAGCUGUGUCCCUUACUAAAUAGGAGCAUUAAAUGCAGUCUGGUUUUUCUUUUCUCUAAAAAGCAAGGGAUUGGUUUGUCCAUUGCCAACUUCUUGUAGACCUUGUGCCAGAUGUAUAUUAAAUAUUUUGGUCCUUUUUUUUUCUAAUCUGAUCUGCCGUUCAUUUACCUGUGAGACUGUAAAAAUAUUUCUGUAUUUAAACUAUCCCUUAAAAUCCUUUAGUUACAAUGUAUUUUGACUACUGUAGCUCUGUAAAUGUUUCAAAGCUUCUGGAUUUCCUGUAUUCCAGUAAGAUUUGGGGGGUGGGGGGGGGGAGGGAUAGCUACAGAAAUUCAAUCCACUGGAAAGGGAAUUUGCAGCAUUGUUCUGUGCAUUACUGAACAAAUGAAGAACGUUUUGGUGUUUACAUAAUGCACAUUUUGCGUGGUGUUCACUGUUUUGUGUUAAAGCUUUGUACAAAUGUCUUAUUUAAAGCUGAAGUCCUUUUUACAUAAAUUUUCAAUUAAAAGGGGAAACUUUAA